UCUUGUUCUCUUUCUCUUCCCUCUAUCGUUCCAGUGCUUUACCCUGCAACAGACUUUCUAUUUUUCAAAUGCACUUCCCAUUGACUUUCAUUAGAGCUGGACUAUUAUUGCCCUGCCAGAAGUAUUUGGGUGGACACUUUAGUCUAAGCCCCGGACGGUGUCCAAUCAUGCCUACCCAAGGCCACAAAAGAGGGUCUGAUGACCCCUCUACUUCAAAUGAUCAGGGCAGGGAAGGUAAUAAACGCCUUUGUGCCAUAGCAAAGGGAACUGCAGCAACACCUACCCUCGAGAUGGAUGUCAUAAAAGUGGCCAAAGAGGGCAUUGGAAAAGUCCUUAGCAGGCUAGACAAGGUGUCACCUCCAUUUGCAAACAUGGAUUUCAUUGGUUAUUUAAGGGAAAAAAUCUCAGCUUUGGAUGCCAUCAUUGACGACAAAGUUGUUGUUGGUGUAUUUGGGAGGUCAGGAGCUGGUAAGAGCUCACUGAUGAAUGCCAUUUUGGGGGUGAAGACCUUGCUGCCCUCAGGGACUGUUGGCGCAUGCACAUCAGUCAUCAUCCAGGUGGAGGCCAAUAUGACUGACUCCAACUACGUGGCAGAGAUUCACUUCAUUUCUAAAGAGGAGUGGGAGAAGGAGCUGGAAUCACUUUUGAAAAUCAAAGAAAUUGAUGGUGAGGAGAAAGAUAAAAGGAUGGUAAAUAUGUCAAACAGUAAAAUCCAGGCAUUGUACGGAGAAGAUGCAGUCGGGAAAAGCUUUGAUGAACUGAAGUCACUGGAGUCAGAGACAUUCAGCGACAUCCCAGAGUUUUUCUCAUCAACUAGGAAAAUCCUGUCAUUUGACACAGCCACAAAGUUCUCUACAGAGAUCGCCUGCUACAUACGAAGCAAAAGAAAGAUACAUGGGAAACAAUAUAAAUCAUCCCAGAUACAUUACUGGCCACUUGUGAAGUAUGUGACCAUCAAGAUGCCAAACUCCAAGGAUCUUCUGGAACACAUUGUGCUGGUGGAUCUUCCAGGAACUGGAGACUGCAACAAGGCCAGAGAUGAGAUGUGGGAAUCGUACAUUACUAAGUGCUCCUCUGUGUGGGUCGUGGCUGACAUUGACCGGGCUGCGGCUGACAGGGAUGCAUGGAAUAUGCUGGACAACAGCAUCAGUAAUAUGGGUCCUGGUGGACAGUGUCAGAACAUCACCUUCAUCUGUACUAAGACAGACGACAUCAACCCAGACAAUUAUAUGCUUGAAAUGGAUGAUGAAGACCUUCACAUAGAGGACUCUUCUAACGAUUCAGAGGAGCAGAAACGUGCAUGCAUAUUGCACCGAAAUCAACAAGCCAAGAUGGAAAUUCAAGAGAAUUACAGCAACCCGUAUGAAGCUAUUGAUGAAAUGCAGGUGUUUACUGUUAGUUCUCAAGAAUUCCAGAAGGAUAAUAACUGCAUUCUGAGACAAGAAGAGACAGAGAUACCUGAGCUGAGAGCUCUGCUGAAAAGCCUGAAUGACCAACGGUCAGAAAAAGUGAUGAGAGACUAUGUGAUUGGAGCCUAUGGGAUCCUCUCCAUGGUCCACGUGGUAAACCAUGGGAUCACCAAAUCGAUGGAGACCGGGAAAAAAAAAUUGCACAAGCUUCUAGAACGAAGGCUGGAAGAUGAGCUCCAGAACAUUGACCAGUUCAUGUCAGACAUUCACAUGGAGUUUGACAAGUGUCUUUCAGCCGGAGUGCUAGAGUCAGAGAAGACAUGUGUGACAAGAGCCAAGGAGGAAGUGAUAGCACCAAAAGGAAAAGGAGGAGGGGGGUACCACCAGACGCUGAGAGCUGUAUGCAAUGGCCAGGGGUCCUGCAGGUCAACAAAUGGAGUAAAAACAAACAUGAAUGCUUCUCUGAGCAGCUCUCUGUGCGAUGCCAUUAAAAAUAUGUUUUCAAAAACAUUCAAGAAAUCUCAGAAAUCUAUCUCUGCAAAGAUUGAUAAUUUCAGCAUCCUCUUAGAGCGCCAUGAUGAAGAAACCAUGUUUCCUCGGCUGGCAUUCCUCAAAACUGAGGAACACAAUUGAAAGCAGAUCUUAAACAUGAGAUCGUCCAGAGGAUCUCCUAGAACACACCUCGGGGAAGGAAAUGACAUCUGAGCAGGUAACUGCCAAAAUAAAGGUUCCACUAAGGAACAACAGGAAAGAUGAGAAGAAAAAGAAGAAAAA